AUGGCAGAACCGUCGGUCCCAGUACUCACUGAAAAAAUGGCGUCACUUAGCCGGGUCCGAGCCCUGACUCUAAUUUUCUUAACUGUCAACGGAUGUUUAAUUACCCCGACAAGUGGCAAGGAAGGGAGUGAGGAGACGGUCAUCAUUGGUUUGAGAUUGGAGGAUACAGACGACAUCUCUUUCAUGGACAGAGGGUAUCUGCGGGUCAGCGAGAGGUCUCGGGUGAAACUGAGAGUCUACGGGCAAAACAUAAACAACGAGACAUGGUCUAAAAUCGCCUUCACGGAACACGAGCGAACUCGGGUGGGGAACAUUGACAGCUCCUCUGGGGAUAACAAGAGCCAAGCGGAGACGUCGGGUUUGCAUCCAUGUGGCAUUAGAACUUCGGAUAUAAUUAUUUUGCCCAAUAUAAUUUUAAAUCGCAAGACAUCUGGCAUUGUGGAGAUUGAAGUCAAACCUCUGCGAAAGACGGAGAGGAGUAAAGCAUAUUACCUGUGUAUCGCUACUUCGACACCUGCCGUGGCUGGCGUGCACGACCCGUGGACAGAGAACACUUGGAUUUAUCACGACGGAGAUGACACCAAAGUAAUUGUGGUGGAGGAGAAAAAGUUUUUGCUCCCCUUCUGGCUACAGGUGAUUUUUAUUUCAAUGUUACUCUGUCUUUCGGGAAUGUUCAGCGGGUUAAAUCUGGGGCUCAUGGCUCUGGACCCCAUGGAGUUACAGAUAGUUCAGAACUGUGGCACUGAGAAAGAGAAAAACUAUGCCAGGAAGAUCGAGCCGGUAAGAAGUCAAGGAAAUUAUUUGCUUUGUUCGCUUCUUUUAGGUAAUGUCUUGGUCAAUACUACACUGACCAUUUUGCUGGAUGAUAUUGCCGGAUCUGGAUUGAUAGCUGUUGUCAUGUCAACCAUUGGAAUUGUCAUUUUCGGGGAAAUUGUUCCCCAGGCUAUCUGCUCACGACAUGGCCUUGCUGUUGGUGCCAAUACCAUUUUUCUCACCAAAUUCUUCAUGCUGCUUACAUUCCCCGCAUCCUAUCCCGUGAGUAAACUUUUAGAUUAUCUCCUUGGUCAAGAGAUAGGCACCGUGUACAACCGAGAGAAACUCUUGGAGAUGCUGCGGGUUACGGAUCCGUACAACGACCUAGUGAAAGAAGAACUGAACAUCAUCCAGGGCGCACUGGAACUUAGGACUAAAACCGUGGAAGACGUGAUGACACCGUUACGGGAUUGUUUUAUGAUCACGAGUGACGCCACGCUCGACUUUAACUCCAUGUCCGAGAUUAUGGAGAGCGGCUAUACGCGCAUCCCGGUCUUCGAGGGGGAGAGGUCCAACAUUGUGGACUUGCUGUUUGUUAAAGACCUGGCGUUUGUGGAUCCCGACGACUGCACACCGUUGAAAACAAUAACGAAGUUCUACAGCCAUCCGUUACAUUUUGUCUUCAAUGACACAAAGUUGGAUGCCAUGCUCGAGGAGUUUAAGAAAGGUAAAUCUCAUCUGGCUAUUGUCCAGCGAGUAAACAAUGAAGGGGAAGGAGACCCCUUCUAUGAGGUCCUGGGCAUAGUUACCCUAGAAGACGUCAUUGAAGAAAUCAUCAAAUCUGAAAUCCUAGAUGAGACAGACUUGUACACUGACAACAAAACCAAGAAAAAAAUCACCCAUCGGGAAAGGAAGCAGGAUUUCUCGGCCUUCAAGCCCACGGACAAUGAAAUGAAGGUUAAAAUAUCACCUCAGCUUCUACUGGCUACUCUGCGUUUCCUAGCAACAGAGGUUGAACCAUUCAACCCAGUCCAGAUGUCCGAGAAAAUCCUCUUGCGACUCCUCAAACAUCCCAACGUUAUCCAGGAGUUGAAGUACAAUGAGAAGAAUAAGAAGGCACCUGAGCAUUACCUCUUUCACCGUAACAAGCCAGUGGACUACUUCAUCCUCAUCCUUCAGGGCAAAGUGGAGGUGGAAGCAGGAAAAGAGGGAAUGAAGUUUGAAGCUGGUGCAUUUUCCUCCUAUGGAAUAAUGGCUCUAACUGCUUCUCCAGUUCCAUGUCUCCUGUCCCUGUCUCAAACUUUCAUAGUCCAUGGGACCCUCCUCCUGUGCUCUGUUGUGUGCUGUGCAGAGAAUAAGUCCCCGCCACGGCCGUUCGCUCUGAACCACUCGGACUCACUGAACCGUAGUGACCGAAUUGACACCAUUACCCCCACAUUGGGCAGUAGCAACAACCAGCUCAACGCAUACCUGCAGAUCUACAUACCUGACUAUACUGUCAGGGCAGCCACAGACCUGCAGUAUGUCAAGGUGACUCGACAGCAAUACCAGAACGCUCUCAUGGCAUCUCGCAUGGACAAGACGCCACAGUCUUCGGACAGCGAGUACACUAAGAUAGAAUUGACUCUCAACGAACUCCACGAUGGAAUUGCUGAUGAGACAGCUAACCUGCUGAACCAGCAACAGAACUGUGUGGCCCACAACAAAUCCAAUCACACAGGCCACAACGAGGGGGCUGUCUAG